AUGUCGGUGAUUGAAUUUUUGAAGGACCUGCCCUCCUACGACGAGCACAAUUUCACUUUAUUCAACACGGACCACGGAAUCAGAAACUGUUCUAAGAGGCCUUCAAUAUACCUUCCCACUAAAGAUAUAGAUAUACCUUCUGAACAAAUUAUUGUAACAGAAAAGACAAACAUAUUACUAAGAUACCUGCAUCAACAAUGGGAGAAAAAGAACAACAGUACAUCCCCAAAGAAAAGGGAUCUUAGCAGUAUUGAACAAAACGGUGAUGAGAGAAACUCUCGCAAAAGACCCCGUCUCAAUUCUCCGCUAAACUGA